AGUCCACUCUUUCCUCGAUUACAUCAUGGGCGGUUGCCAGAUCCACUUCACAGUUGCAAUUGACUUCACGGCUUCGAAUGGCGAUCCCAGUAACAGCCAGUCGCUCCACUACAUGAACCACAGGGAGCCGAACGAGUACGUGAAAGCGCUGAGGGCCGUAGGAGAGAUUUGCCAGGACUACGACAGUGACAAGAAAUUCCCCGCUUUCGGAUUCGGAGCACGAGUCCCACCGGAUUACGAGGUUUCCCACGAUUUCCCGUUAAAUUUGAAUCCCGACGAUCCUGACUGUGACGAAAUUAAAGGGGUCAUCCUUGCCUACCAGAGAUGUCUGCCCAGUAUCAAACUCUAUGGUCCCACCAACGUCUCUCCCAUCAUCCGCCGGGUCAGCCGUCUCGCUGAGGCUGAGAUGCAGACGGGUAUCCCCUCGAAGUACUACAUGUUGCUGAUGCUGACGGACGGGGUAGUGACUGACCUGAGUGAGACCCGCGAUCUGAUUGUGGAGGCGUCACGCCUGCCCCUGUCCAUCAUCAUCGUCGGUGUGGGCAACGCCGACUUCUCUGACAUGAGGGCAUUGGACGGGGACGAUGGCAUCUUACUGUCCAGCUACGGCCAGGAAGCAGCCCGGGACAUCGUCAAGUUCGUGCCCUUCCGAGACUUCAAGAAGGCCCCAACCUCGGCCUUGGCCAAAUACGUCCUCGCUGAGGUCCCCAAGCAGGUGGUGGAGUUCUACGCCAGUCAGGGGAUCGCCCCUGAGCCUCACAAGCAGAGCGUCGUUCCCCCGAGGAGAGGAGAAAAUGGAGGAGAACAGACCGGGGCUAAAGGAGCUACCUCCUGAGCAGGCCUCACUGAUGCCCGCCUCACAAACCAGUGACACCAGCCUCACUAGAAUCCGCACUCCCUUCCACUCCAUCCCCUGGAGACUGGGGCACCUGCUCUGACCUCCCCACAGUUACCAUGAGACUGGAAUUACGUGACCUCCCCCCGACUCAGCCCAGAUCGAUGGGGGGUGGGGGGGAUGAUUCAACCUAAACCUCAGGCCUACAUCCCCUUCUCUCCCCAACCCUCUCCCCAGGAGCUCAGGCCUAAAUCUCAGGCCUACAUCCCCUUCUCUCCCCAACCCUCUCCC